AUGCCCAAGUUUCGCAAACGUGCCGUAAUUAGAAGCCACGGGUUAAAAACUAGUAGUUUAUAUAAAGGCUAUGAGAAUAAUAGUCUUGAAGCUGCAGAUGAAGAUGUGCUAAAAUAUGAAUACGAAAAAGUCAAAACUACUGAAUUAUAUAAAAAAAGGAAAAGUCAAGUCAUUAUUGAUAAUUUGUACAAAAGAAAAAAUGUCUGUUUCAGAAUUGAUGAGAGUUUGAAUAUUCCUGAGGAAAAUAAACUAAUUCACAAAUAUAAACUCAUCAAAUUAAUUCCUAAUCCUAUAGAAGAUGGUGGUGAUGAUAAUAAAUUAGCAAAUUUGGAAAUAGAAUUAAAAAGGUGUAAAAAAGAAAUUUCAGAUAAAGAAGAAAUUUUAGAUAAAGAAGAAAUUUUAAAAGUAUUGGACGAAAUUUUAAAAGAAAUUGAAAAAGAAAGAGAAGAAUAUUUUAAGAUAAGUCAGGUGUCGACCUUUAGGGCAAUAGCAUUGCCAUUACUUGAUGAUGCAUUAUACAAUAUUGUUACUUGGACGAUUCCAUUAAUAGUUGCUUAUGUCUAUGAUGAUCUCUUAAAGGAUUUUGUUGGACAUUUAAAAAUUUAA